UGCCAGCAUCUGAUUAAAACCAUAUCGCUCGCUGUGAGUGGCUAACUAAUCUGAAGGCGAGAGUGCAACCGAAUAUUUAACCGGGGCCCCGGUCCCAGCCAGGCUACCGGCUGCGGUCAUCGGAUCAUGCACGGAGCGGCACAGAUCUAGCCUUCUACAGUGAACAUAACUGGCCAGAGUCCCAUCAUGUCUACUGAAGCUGAAACUACUGCUACCAACAGCCAGACUGAACAACAGGCUCCACCAAAGGCACAAUCUUCAAAGAAGGAAAAAAAGAAAGGGCCAGAAAAAACAGAUGAAUCUCUCUUGGCUAGAUUCAAAGGUGAUGGUGUAAAAUACAAAGCUAAACUGAUUGGCAUAGAUGAUGUUCCCGAGGCAAGAGGAGACAAAAUGAGUCAGGAUUCAAUGAUGAAGCUGAAGGGAAUGGCAGCGGCAGCCCGUUCCCAGGGUCAACACAAACAGAAGAUCUGGGUAAACAUCUCCCUCUCUGGUAUCAAGAUAAUAGAUGAAAAAACUGGGGUCAUAGAGCAUGAGCAUCCAGUAAACAAAAUCUCCUUUAUUGCUCGGGAUGUAACAGACAAUCGUGCCUUUGGCUAUGUAUGUGGAGGAGAAGGCCAGCACCAGUUUUUUGCCAUAAAAACAGCCCAACAGGCCGAGCCUCUGGUUUCUGAUCUUAAGGACCUCUUCCAACUAAUUUAUAAUAUGAAGAAGAAGGAAGAAGAAGAAAAGAAAAAGAAUGAUGGUGAAGAACUGCCUGCUGAUCAAGCUGACAAAAUUAAACCAGGAGUUGACCAGAUGGACUUGUUUGGGGAUAUGUCAACACCCCCUGAUAUGAACAGUCCCACAGAAGCUAAAGAGAUUCUGUUAGUGGAUUUUAAUUCUGAAAUUGAGACCAAACAAACCUUUGCAAAAGAGGAUCUCUUCUUGAAUGGCAUCACAGCCUCUCUUCCACAACCAAAUGCACAGACACCCUUCUUGCCUGAGAGUUCUUUCUCUACCAAUCUCAGCUUCUUUCCUACACCUAAUCCAGACCCUUUCAGUGAUGAUCCUUUCACACAGCCAGCCCAAUCUGCACCAUCUUCAUUUGAUUCUCUAAAAUCUGAUCAGAAGAAAAGUCCAAGUACCUUGACAUCAGGGAGUAAUGGUGGUCCAAAUGGUGAUAUUGACUACUUUGAUAAACAGUUUGACCAGAUUUCUAAUAGAACUGGCAAACGAGAAGCAUUAACAUGCCAGUGGCCACUUGAGAGUAAGUCACCUGCAGCAAAAAUUUCCAAUGUGAUACCAGAGAGAGAAAGGAAUGGCUUUCCUGAAGCCCCAGCAAACCUGUUUCUGGAAGGUGCUUCCAAAGGGACAUCUCUGCAGAAUGGAGUAAAACUGGAUUCUGAAAACAAUAUCCAACUCAUGCCACAAGAGCCUAUAACAAUUAGCCCACCACCACAGAGUACCAAGCCAGGAAGAGGAAGGAGAUCCAUCAAGACUGCAUCGGAUGACUUGUUCAGCUCAGACUUCUUUGUGCCAUCUACGGAGAGCCUUAGCUUGAGCUCAGGGGCACAGGCAGCAGCUUUGCCAACUAAUCCAUUGGACCUCUUCACAAAAAGUUCUACCACAGCAUCUCCAUUGGCUGCUCUAGGUGGCUUGCCAGUAACUUCAUCACCAUGGACCCCACAGACAGUUUCCUUCACUCAGGCUACAUCAGUCUUUCAUGGGUCUAUGAUGCCUGCUCAGUCUCCAGGAUUUACUCAACCACUUGCCUUUGGUACUCAAGCAGUGCCAGGCUGGAACCAGUCUUCAUCUUUUGGUGCCACACCCACUCAGUCUUCUGGUCUCUGGCCACAGCCAGCACAAGUUACACCCAGUUCUUGGGCACAGCCAACCAGUGCUGUGAAUCCCUUCCAGAGCAGCAUGUUCACAUCUCCAACGCUACCAGCUCAGACAGCUUCAGUGCUGCCUUCCAUGUCAACAACAGCUAGCCCACCUCAGCCGCCACCCAGAACUACACUGCAGAAGGAGCUGUCCAAGAAAGAGAGUGAUGCAUUCAUUGCUCUGGAUCCACUUGGAGAUAAAGAAAUGAAGGAUGUCAAGGAAAUGUUCAAAGACUUCCAGCUGACAAAGCCACCUGCAGUACCAGCAAGGAGAGGAGAACAGCAAAGCCUUUCAGAACCACCAAAGCCUGUUCCUCGACAAAGUGCAUUGCCACCUGAAGGCCUGUUUGAAAGUCAAGAUAAAACAGACCCUUUCAGUGCCUCAUCUAAGGAAUCUCAGAAUCCACCUUCUGGGCCUUUUGAUGAUCAAUUUGGCAACCCAUUUGCAUAGUUCAGGCAUAAUCAGAAAAGGACAAAUGGAAUAACUGGACCUCUUCUCAACGUGAUUUUUCUACAUGUUUCACUUUGCUGUCUGCUAUUCUUGCUGAUGUUCAUGAUGUCUGCAGUCUAAAAUAUAUCCAGGUGGAUUGAAGCAUGGACCCUCAAAAAACAUGCUGUGAAGAUAAUUCAGGGCAAAGCAAAUGGGGAUAUUGACUCACGCUGAAAACCGAAAUACAAAUUGGUGGAUGUUACCUUUACUUUAGUUCUUUGCACUCCCCUACAGAGGUUAGUAGCACUGAGUAAUAUGUCUUGUGUCAUUUCCCUUUAUAUAGCACUUACUGUCCCAAAAUAGAGGAACUUAAUGUACCUAGGGGAGAGAUGUUGCUUUUACAUAAGGGUGUAGAAUUAGUAGCUAAAACUCCACACCUUAAACAACUAGGUCUGUUGCCCAUUAUGACAGCAGCAGCCAGUUGUAAAGCUAAGUGGAUGCUACUGAGUUCAAAUUGGUGACUGGACAGUUGACUUGGUCUCUUAGCCACAAACAUGCAACUAUGUGUUGAGGAAAAUAAUCUAAUAUUGGUAUAUUUAACUAAAAGUAAAAGUAUCAUUCCACCAUAAAUGUGUCAUUAAGGGACUGCGGAGUCUGUAACAGCACUGCUGAAGCCCUGAGUACUAGAGGCCUACACUGUAAGCUGAAAAAGUUCUUGCAGAACAUUUAGGUAGCAGUGGACACUAACUAUUGUAUUGGUGCUAAUAUGGCAGUUUUCAGGGAGGGAAAACUACUAGAAAUACUUUCCUAUUAAGGUAGCUUGGCAAACAAAUGAAACAAGUAGGUAGGGUUCUUGCUUAUAUCUCAGUGAAUCCCUGAUUUGCUCAGUUUGAUUUGUCACUUCGUGUACUGGGGGAUGUUUCCAGCAUGCUAGAAAACAAAAACACCAGAAUGGCUUCACUCCAUGCCUAGGCUCCUUGCGAGCAGAUGCACCACCUCUGUGCCAUUAACGUGAGGUAGUACUCUAUCUCUCGGAAAACUCGCCUUUUCUCAAGAGCCUCUUCACUAAUAGGUUUUGGAACUAGUUACAACUGCCUGUGACAGCUACAUUCUUGGCCAGUGGUGAUGACUGAUAUGUUAGAAGUUUUUCUGUUAAUGUUAAGUAUAAACUUGAAAUGUUAUUGUUAAAUCAAAUGCCUAAGCCGUUGCUAAACUGGAGAGCUAAGAAAGUCAACUUGAAUACCGCCUUAGUACCCAAUUCAGCCAGUCAUGCAAUUAGUCUUGUAUACAAACUUCUCUUGCACUUUCUGUAAUACAAAUUUUUUUUAAAAAAUUUAAAAAAAUCACAAAUUUAAGUAUUUGUCUUAAACUGGAAAUGUAGAAACUUAUUGAUGCUACACUGUUAUAUAAAACUGUAGUAUCUGUUACUUAAUGGCAUUAAAAAGCAACUCUUCAUACCAAAUGAACAUGUGUGGUUGUUAAUUCUGUCCUCUGUCAGUGUUGUGGUCUAGUUGACAUUAGAAGUUCAAAGACUGCUGAGAAUCAUUCUUCACAAGUUCUGUAGCUGCCUGAUGGCAAAGUGUCUUUCUGUAACUUCUUGCAUAGGACUUGUUCAACAAAUGCUGUGCCAUAUUAAAAAAUAAAAACCUCAAACUGA